UGAAGAACUAUAAAUUACACCUGUGUGUUCGUUUAGUUAUCACACAUUCAAGUGACACACAUCAAACCACAACUUACAAAAUGAACAAAUUGGUUAUCGUUGCAGUCGCUUUCGUAGCCUACGGAGUGAUGGCUACUCCAGAACCCGAGGCCAAAGCAGAAGCGAAACCAGGAAUAUUGGCAGCUGCCCCACUUGUAGCAGCCCCUGCUAUAGCUCCAGCUGUAGUCACAGCAACUAGUUCUCAAGCUUUCGUAAGGAAUUACAACGCCUUAGCAGCUCCACUUGUUGCAGCUCCAGUUCCAGUAGCAGCAUCUUAUGUUGCAGCUCCAGCUGCUCCAUUUGUAGCUUCCCCUUACGUCUCACCAUACUAUGCAUCCAAUUAUCUAGCUGCUCCUUAUUUCAUUUAAAAAAAUCUUUAGCGCAUUAAAAUAUUAAAAUAAA